GGUUACUCUCUCUCUCGCUCUCUUUCUCUCUCUAGCCAUCCAUCUUUCUCUCUCUAUUUCCAUCUCUCUCUCUCGGUCUCUGUCUCUCUCUCUCUCUCUUCAGUUCCUCUUUCUUUCUCCUCUGACGCACUCAACCUGCGGUAUACUACCUGUGCGUAGCGAAGCUUGUCGGGCCGAUCCAGAGGUGUUUCUAGUGAGGAGCAGGACAGGAAAGAAGUGUGAAGAGACCGCUGACAGACUGAACGACUGUUCUCAGGAAGUUGCUCACCUGCUCUGCUGUGUCUGCCAGAGUGAUGAGGAUGAGACUUGGGAACUGACUCUUUCUCCCCCCGCUCUCCUGAAAAUGCCAAACCUGGACUGACUGAUGGAUGUUUCUGAACUGUUUGAAAUGUUUCAGACUCCCUCUGUCAUCACGACCAGUUGCUGAGCAGGAUGCCCUCUGACCUCCAGGAGCGUCACCUGACCUCCAGCUGUGACUCCUAUAUCAAGACCGAGCCCUCCUCCCCCUCCUCCUCAUUGGUUGACAUCAUCAGCCACCACAGUCCCUCUGCCAAUAGCGACGCCAGCGGCAGCUACAUCAACGUAAACAACCUCAACGGAAGCUCGCACGUCCUCGACUCCCCAUCCAUGUUUAACCCGGGCAUGCUGGGAGGGGGCGGAGCUUGUCUCCGGAGGUAUGACGACUGCGGAGAGGGCGUGGCGGAUGAGUCGCCGAUCAAGUGCGAGUAUACGUUGAAUGCGAUUCCGAAGAGGCUGUGUCUGGUGUGUGGGGAUAUCGCAUCAGGUUACCACUAUGGGGUCGCCUCCUGUGAGGCCUGCAAAGCCUUCUUCAAAAGGACCAUACAAGUCAGCAGACGCUCUAAUCCAGAGCAACAUACAAGGAACAUAGAGUACAGCUGUCCAGCCACUAACGACUGUCAAAUCACCAAGAGGAGACGCAAGUCCUGCCAGGCCUGUCGCUUCAUGAAGUGUCUCAAAGUGGGCAUGCUCAAGGAGGGUGUGCGUCUGGAUCGUGUGAGGGGUGGAAGACAGAAGUACAAGAGGAGAAUGGGGGACACGGAGAACGGGGCCUAUCUAGGCCUGACACUUCCCCCUCCUGCCAAAAAGCCAUUGACAAAGAUUGUGUCUCACCUGCUGGUGGUUGAACCAGAGAAGAUAUAUGCCAUGCCAGACCCGACCAUGCCAGACGGAUACAUCAAGGCCCUGACCACACUGUGUGACCUGGCUGACAGAGAACUGGUGGUCAUCAUCGGCUGGGCCAAACACAUCCCAGGAGCGGCGACCCUUGUCACUGACCCUGGAUUGGAGACCCUAGCAGCGGGCCCCGAAUAG